CUCCUCCGUUCGUGGUGGCUUAUCGUUCCGCGUCAGGACAGAAGACUCGAGGAGUAGAGAGGGCGAGAACGGCGCUGCGCUGGUAAAUCAUUCGCCGGGCGGCGGCGGCGACGAGAUCGAGGCCGGGCUCCCGUUCGGCUCUUCUUCGUCUUGCUUCCUAGGCCUCGCACGCGUGCGCCUGCACGGAGCGCCACCUCCCUCACCGCCAACGACGCAGCAGUUGCAAAGGGCGCCGGAACCUAUCUCUCCGUCACCUCCGUGCUCAACUCCGUCGAAUCUACAGCCUCCCCUGCCCCUCCGCAUCCUCCGCCAUCAAACUCAGUCACUCAGGUCGGGCUCAACAACGAGAUCAAGGAAAUUGUAACUACUAGGAAAGGAAACUGUGCGGUUAAGUUGAUUUGGUAUCUGUAAGCUUUGGACUGAUCUACAAUAUUUUCACGGCUCAAUUGAAAGCUUACUUUGUAGGUUUUCUACUAUAUUUUUUUAGUGGUUCUGGCUUUCUUGACACAAUGGUGAAGCUGACCAUGAUAGCGCGUGUCACUGAUGGCCUUCCACUGGCAGAAGGGUUGGAUGAUGGGCGAGAUCAGAAGGAUGCUGAUUUCUACAAGCAGCAAGCUAAACUUAUUUUUAAGAACUUGUCAAAAGGGCAUCACGAAGCUUCCCGGAUGUCAAUUGAGACAGGGGCCUACUUUUUCCACUACAUCAUUGAAGGCCGAGUAUGUUAUCUGACUAUGUGUGACCGUUCUUACCCAAAGAAACUUGCAUUCCAGUACCUAGAAGAUCUGAAAAAUGAAUUUGAGAGGGUCAAUGGCAAUCAAAUAGAAACUGCUGCAAGGCCAUAUGCAUUUAUCAAGUUCGGUAUGGUUCCUGAGUUCACUCGCCAGCAUUAUUGUUUCAUUCUUACUUCAGAUUGCUUGAUAGCAUGUUUUUUUUUCUGUUUAGAUACAUUCAUCCAGAAGACUAAGAAACUGUAUUUGGAUACAAGAACUCAAAGGAACCUUGCAAAACUGAAUGAUGAGCUCUAUGAGGUGCAUCAAAUUAUGACCCGCAAUGUUCAAGAGGUUCUUGGUGUUGGUGAAAAGCUAGACCAGGUCAGUGAAAUGUCAAGUAGAUUGACAUCUGACACAAGAAUAUACGCAGAUAAGGCAAAGGACCUCAAUCGACAGGCCUUGAUCCGGAAGUAUGCUCCUGUUGCGAUCGUGAUUGGGGUAGUCUUCAUUCUCUUUUGGCUGAAAAACAAGAUAUGGUGAAUGUAACAUACAAAGGAAGCCGUGCCCCAUUUGACUGGAGAAAGGAUGAAUGAAUUUCUGGUUGGUCGAUUCUGGAUCAAGAGAUGCUUCUGUGACUUGUAUCCCGUAUCUGCCCAUUCAAGCGAGUACUUUAGCUUCCUUUUGCUCCUGCCUUACAAGCUACUCAAGUGAAUUCGUUUUUAGUAUAGACCUUACUCAUGAGGAACUCAGAAUUUUGUGGAUCCGUGGAAUUGGUAAAUACAAGAAGUCUGUAGAGUUGAUUUUACGGCAUUGGGAUUGUGAUUUUUCUGGUGAACCUAUUAGUAAGGAUUCAGGCUGAUGAACUGUACUCGUGCACACUUCGCUACUUAAUAUGGAUUUACGCAAUUUUAAUCUGUCUUAGAGCGGAUUAAGUGCUA